CAAAUCUUUCUCUCCGAACAAGAGAGCUGUGUUAGUUCAUCUAUGGCUACGGAGAGACCUGACGAAGAGAAACCAGAGACUCGAGUCCAAGAUCUGAUCCAUGGAGGUGGAGGAGGAGCUUCUCCGGUUCAAUCACCGACUCGACUUGGUCCAACCCGGUUCUCAGAAGUAGCUGGUGACAAGAUUCGUAAUACCGGGUCGGAUUUUAUUGGGUCGAUUUUGUCUUGGAUCAACGGAGAUCCAAACCGGAGUUUGAAAAAUCCGGUUAAGAGAGCGAAGAGGAAACGAAUCAGAACGGCGAAAACCGCCGCGUGUGUAAUCGCACUUGUUGGUUUCUUCAUUUUUGUUAAUUGGUUUAUGCUCUCUCAGCUACACGAAGGACGAGCUUGGCUACGGAGAGGGUUCUCGAAAAAACCGAAUCUUAAACCGACGAAAUUGAACCCGGAUCCGAACCCGAGUAUGAAACGGGUAUCCGUUAAAGUGUCGGCGAAUGUACAGCAUGGAGAGAAGAAAAAGAUGGGAAAACCAAAGAAGAAAUAUAAUGGAACCUAUGGUAGAUUGUUGGCUUAUGCUGCUCAUGCUUUGGCUGAGGGGCAAAACAAACUUGAACCAAAAGAGUUGUGGAGAGAACCAAAGGACCAAGCUUUGGCUUGGAAGCCUUGCGCUGAUCAACGUUCCUGGAAGCCUAAUGAUGGGAAAAAUGGAUAUAUAAUGGUAACUGCAAAUGGUGGCAUCAACCAACAGAGAGUUGCUGUUUGUAACAUCGUUGUUGUUGCUCGGAUGCUCAAUGCGACACUCGUUGUUCCCAAAUUCAUGUUCAGCGAUGUCUGGACCGAUGCAAGUCAGUUUGGAGAUAUCUAUCAGGUGGAACAUUUUAUCAAGUAUCUCUCUCCCGAUAUCCGGAUUGUAAAGAAACUACCAAAAGAGCUUCAAUCUCUAGAUCUUGAGGCAAUUGGCAGCGUCGUCACGGAUAUAGAUGUCAUGAAAGAAGCCAAGCCCGGGUUUUAUAUGAAGCACAUUCUUCCUCUUCUACUCAAAAACAGAGUCGUCCAUUUCUUCGGAUUCGGAAACCGUUUGGCCUUUGACCCGAUACCGUUUGAGUUACAGAGGCUGCGGUGUAGAUGUAAUUUUCAUGCGUUAAACUUUGUUCCGAAGAUACAAGAAACGGGUGCGAUUCUUGUGAGGAGAUUGCGAGAUAGUGGAUCACACCUUGCACCGGUUGACCCGUAUCUCGUCGGUCCAAAAUUUGCGUCCUUCAUAUUGGACAAAAAGGCGGGUCCUCUCCAUAAGGCUUCUAAGUAUCUAGCAGUCCAUCUCAGGUUUGAAAUCGAUAUGGUGGCUCAUUCUCUCUGUUACUUCGGAGGAGGCGAUGCAGAAAAGGCGGAACUUGAUGCUUACCGGGAAAAGCAUUUUCCGACACUGGCAAAUCUAACAAAGACACAGAAAAUGCCCUCUCCGGACGAUCUGAGAACGGAAGGGCUUUGUCCGUUAUCACCUGAAGAAGCUGUGCUUAUGCUUGCGGGUCUCGGUUUCAAUCGGAAGACCCGUGUUUUCGUGGCUGGUGCGAAUAUAUACGGUGGGAAUAAACGGUUAGCCGCUUUAACGAGUCUCUACCCGAAUCUAGUCACCAAAGAGAAUGUACUCUCUGAAACGGAGCUAGAGCCUUUCAAAAAUUUCUCAUCUCAGCUAGCGGUUCUUGAUUUCAUUGCCUGCGCUGCAUCGGACGCCUUUGCGAUGACGGAUUCAGGGAGCCAAUUGUCGUCUCUGGUCUCGGGUUACCGGAUAUAUUACGGAGCAGGGAAAAUGCCGACGAUCAGACCGAACAAACGGAGAUUCUCAGACAUAUUGUUGAAGAACAAUACUAUAGAGUGGAAAGUGUUCGAGCAGAGAGUGAGAAAAACGGUUAGGCAAACCAAACAUGUAUUGGUUAGACCAACGGGACGCAGCGUUUACCGUUACCCAAGAUGUAAAGAAUGUAUGUGUAAUGAAGAUUGAUUAUUUGUUUUACAUUGUUGGUUCGGUUCGGUUUUAUAAACGUUUUCAUAUUUU